AUGAAGUUGGUCAUCGUCGCCUUUUUCACAUGGUUGGCAACUGUGCAAGCCUUGCACUUCUACCUUCAGACUGGAGAGCAAAGAUGUUUUUACGAGGAUUUGCAAGCUGACUCUUUGGUGGUUGGAAAGAUUGAUGCCUACGAGUUCGACGACAGAAUUGGAGACUACUUCAAGAACGACCGUUUGAAGGUGAAAAUCACUGUUGAUGAGACCUUCCACAAUGACCAUCGUGUGGUCGACCAAAACUCCAAGCCUGACGGUGACUUUGUGUUCAACUCUCACGACGCUGGUGAGCACCGCUUCUGUUUGACUCCUCUUUACACUGACGGUACCCAUGGCAAAAAGCACAGAAUUUUCUUCGACAUUGCUACUGGCGCUGCUUCGGACUACGUUGACUCGAAGUCCAGCAAGAAUGUCGAUGGUUUGACUUUGCAAAUCCAAAACUUGAACAGAAAGUUGCAAGAGAUUCACCUGGAACAAGAGAGCAUUCGGGACAGAGAAGCUCUUUUCCGUAACCAGAGUGAGAGUACCAACUCGCGUGUUGUUUGGUGGAGUAUUAUUCAAUUGAUCGUAUUGGUUGGCACUUGCGCUUAUCAAAUGAGGCACUUGAAGGGCUUCUUUGUCAAGCAAAAGAUCGUUUAA